AAUUACCGAACGCACGGAUAGAAGGAAGAAAUAUCAUUGACAUGUUUUUAAAAUACUGUCAAAAUUGUCAAAUUUAAAAUUUAAUCAAACAAAUUUUUGAUUCUUUUCUAUUUUCACAAGUUUUCACCCAUCUAUUGCUAUAUAAUAUCCUCCAUAAUUCCAACAGCUAAAAACCUGUGUGCGUAAAAAAUUAUUCUUAUUUUACAUCCCGUAUUGUUCUCAACAGAGUCAGAUUUCAGCUUCGCCAUGUCGAAUCCGGAAAAUCCGAAAGCAGCUAAAAGCAUCUACGAGUUCACCGUCAAAGAUAUUAAAGGCAACGAUGUGUCUCUCGAGAAAUAUCGUGGACACGUUUGUAUCAUCGUGAACGUUGCUUCGGCUUGCGGCUUGACCAAUUCCAACUAUGCAGACUUGAACGAGCUUUACACAAAGUACGAAGAUAAGGGCCUGAAGAUUUUAGCAUUUCCUUGCAAUCAGUUUGGACACCAAGAAUCUGGCAGCAACGAUCAGAUUUGUGAGUUUGUUUCUAAAAAGAAUGUUAAGUUUGACUUGUUUGAUAAGGUUAAUGUGAACGGUGCAGAUGCCCAUCCUUUAUGGGUUUACUUGAAAUCGAAACAAGGUGGUACUUUGGGCAGCUUCAUCAAGUGGAACUUUACAAAAUUUGUCGUUGACAAAGAGGGACAAGUGGUUGAGAGGCACAGUCCAACUUCAAGCCCUAAAGACAUCAAAUUGGAUGCAUAUUUUUAAUUGCUUUUAUAUACCCACACUAAAAAAUUGGUGGCAGAAUUUUUUUUUUUAUUAUCAUAUGUAAUUUUAAGUAUUAUAGCAGCUUUUAGAAGGCAGCUUUAUUUAUGCCUUGUAGGCGAUUAAUAUAUUCUGUUAUUUUUGUUAUUAAAAUAAUUAAAGAUCAUGAUAAAUCG